UUUUUUUUGUUUUUGUUUUUUCUUUCUAUCCAUUUUUUUUCCCCUCUCUGUUCUCUAUAUAUUCUUAUAUCAUGUCAGUUCCUUCCACUCAAGCCACUCAAGUUGAAAUGGCCAAGGCCCGUUUGCCCAUUGAAUAUAGAGAUGUUUGUUCCAAGAUGCUUAUCUCUCUCAAUAAGUGUCGAGGUGAAACCUAUUAUCUUCCCUGGAAGUGCGAAAACGAACGUCAUGAAUAUGAAAAGUGUCAAUACGACGAUUACAAAAACCGUGCUGCUGCUCUGAAGGAACAAAACGACGAAUAGAUUGAAUACAACAACAUACAACCUUGGACUUCUUCCUUGCUCCCAUUUUCUCCCAUCACACACUCAAUACAUAUCAUUUAGUUUUAUUUUGCGACUCUCCCAAUUAUACAUACACACAACAUCAUACGUUUCUAUUUGAUGUUUUUUUUUUUUUGAAUACUUUGUAAUUCUAUUCUUUACUUAUUUUUGUUUCGUCCUAUAUACACCUAUACACACACACACACUUGAAGAUCAUUUCCUAUCAAUACAAUAAAACCAUUCGUCAAUAGAAC